UACAGGAGAUGACCAGAGACUGCGCACAUAGUACAGGAGAUGACCAGAGACUGCGCACAUAGUACAGGAGAUGACCAGAGACUGCGGACACAGUACAGGAGAUGACCAGAGACUGCGGACAUAGUACAGGAGAUGACCAGAGACUGCGGACACACUACAGGAGAUGACCAGAGACUGCAGACACAGUACAGGAGAUGACCAGAGACUGCAGACAGUACAGGAGAUGACCAGAGACUGCGGACACUGUACAGGAGAUGACCAGAGACUGCGCACAGGAGAUGACCAGAGACUGCGGACACAGUACAGG